AUGGCAUCAGUGGCAGCGCACACGGACAUUGUGCAGACCGUGGCCUCCAUGCCGCAGGCCCAUUUGCGGCUUUGCCUUGGUACAAUGCAGGAACUAGCCAAAGCUGCGCCUGAUCGUGCGCGUGCUGUUCUGCUGGAGCACCCUCAGCUCUGCCAUGCACUGCUACAUGCCCAGUUCUUGUUGGGCCUCAGUCUGGAGCCGACUAUGCCGCCUGACCUAUCGGAAACCGCAGAGCUGCGAGCGGAGGCGGUGCAGCGUGCUCUGUUCAACUCCAAGAACUUGGCUGGCGGGCGCCGGGCUGCGAACGUGUCGAGAGGUAGCGCUCCAUAUCCCUCGACCAAUGUCGUCAUCCCCAGGCCUCUGGUGCCAGGCGCCCUCGGAGGCUCAGCGGGCAGAUGGUGA